AGAGCCAUGCAAUUAUCUCCGGGCUUUUUGGUGUUGGCGUUCGCACUGUUCCAUAGUGCAGCUCAAGCCACUGUGGUCGAGGACUUCAACCAUGUAGAGGGAUGCAAGAAUUCCUGAUAUAUGGGAACCCCACCAUGGGGAAUCAUUAAUGACAAACUGAAGAAGAUCUGUCAGCGCUAUGCCGACAAGCUACACUUUGUGACCUUGUACGACCCCCAGAAACGCAUCCCUGUCUACUCAGCCUACUCCAUCAAGACAGAGGGAGAGCGGCGUGUGGACUACUCCUGGAUGCAUGAACCACAGCUGGCAGAGGUUGAUGGGAAUGGGAAUAUGCUACUUUUCCUUACCGGCUACCUGCACAUGAAGUUUGAGGACAGCCAGGCAGUGCUGGACGACUACUCUGACGUAGUCCUGUAUGAACGAGGACACCUGAACCCAGACCAGCACCAGUCUGACCCAUACGACCGUGCUGCCACCUACACAAUGACCAACGUGGUCCCAGAGAUCAAUAUCGGGCCGUGGCGUGAGCAUGAGGAGCGCAUCCGCGUUCGCCUCUACAACGCGUUCGCCUCACCGCCUUCAUCGUCCCCGGGGUGACCACCACCAGUAACAUGGACGUGGACCAGAAUCUGCAGAUCUUCUAUGACAACUGCAUCUCCCCCUCUCCCCCUCCUCUGUAUCUCCACCACACCAUACAAGAGCUCCUCAACCAUGCUCACACACGCCUACUCUGUGUGCACAAGUGUUUACAACUAUCUCCAUAGAUCUACUAUUAUGUGCUUAUUAUAUUGAUUAAGCAUUUAUUUUUAACAUAACAAUUAUAAAGUACUUGAGAUGCUUUGGCAAAGCUUUCAUUAUCGAAGAUCUGCUUUGCAAAUUACUUCCCUUGUAGCGUAAUUGUUCCUCCAUUCUCUGUAUUUGUAGCAUUCUUUAUUUAUCUGUCCCUUAUAAAACAGCUCAGUGACAUUCAGACACAAUGGUUCAGUGUGUCAGCCAUUCAUGGAGAGGUGUUAUCGGCUCACAUUUGGCAAAAGUGGUUGUAAAAUGGAUACUAUCAAAGGUUGUGAAGUUUUGAGCUGUAAAGAGCAUC